CCGAUGGCCCCUCCCCCACCUCCUGCCUGUCCUCACUCUUCUCUGUCAAUCUGCAUGGCGCACACCGGAUUGAGCGGUCCAGAUUGGCUCCAGAUUGGUUCCCUCCCCACAAUGAAAGCCCGCGCUGAGCCAUCCGGCGGCCCACCCCGCAGCAGCGGUCCCACCCGGUCCGGACACAACCUGGAAGCAAGUGACGUCCUCACCGUGACUCCGUCCUCUGGUCCCGCCUCUGACACCAAUCUAGGACUCCAGGCAGAACACAGACAAUUUCUGAGGAUGGGCGCCCUCCACGGAACCAUCAUGGACCAGCUUCGUAUAUAUAGGGUCCUGGGCCCCCUCGACCUUGACCAUCCGGGAUCAUGACCACAAGCCAUCGCUUGACAACCACCAUCGACCACCACCAUCGACCACCAUCAUCGACCACCACCAUCGACCACAGCAUACAACACUCACAACAGCCACCUCACCACUGCCCACCAUGCCGCACUUCUCCUAUGUGGCCGCCGAGUCGGGUCAUCAUCGUCGUCGCCACGAUGAACCCGAGACUCACUACGAAUGGGCUCCCACCACCCACCGCUCCCACUCCCGACGUCAGGAGGUUCGCCCGGUGGAAGCCCCCGACUUCCGCUUCUGCGUCGAGCUCGGCCUCGUCAUCCGCAGCAGGAAACGCAACCACAAGACCGUGACCGGCCUCGAAGACGAGAUCAGCACACAGCUCACCCGCGCGGGGAUCGCCAACCACCUCGCCAGCACCCACACCUCGCCGGUGUCGUCCCGCCAGUGGACCAUCGCCAGCGAGCUGUGCAUCCCGUCGCGCCCCAACGACCACCGCUUCGGCAUGAAGCUGGUCUCGCCCUUCAUGCGCUUCGCCAAGCGGCCCGAGGCGUGGCAGGCCGAGCUGCGCGGGGUCAUGCACGCGCUCAACACCCACUUCGAGCUCACCACCACCCACCAGUGCUUCACCCACAUCCACAUCACCCCGGUGUCGGGGUACUGGGAGCUCGACCAGGCCAAGGGCCUCGCCAAGUCGGCGCUGUACUUUGAGCGCUGCCUGGACGCGCUCGUGCCCCCUUACCGCCGCAAGAGCGUGUGGGCCAAGAGCAACCGCCACAACCACUACUUCGAGGGCUUGCCCAUGGCCGAGUGCUUCGGCCGCGUCGACGCGCAGGCGACGUGCGAGGCGCUCGGCGCGCGCAUGAACUGGUGCGGGGCCGACUCGCCAACCGGCGUGGCGCUCGGGGUCCGGCCGGGGGCCGACUUCCAGCACGACGCGUACCGGUGGGGGUUCGUCGGGCUCAACGAGGGCGCGGGCCUCGGGGCCGUCGCGUUCCGGCAGCCGCCGGGGGCCUCCAGCGCGGGCGACGUCACCGCGUGGGUGCUGCUGGUCGGGUGCCUCGCGCGGCUCAGCUGCGGGGCCGGCGUCGCGCUCGACCCGGCCGUCAAGCCCCAGCUCAAGAGCCUGGGCGAGUGGCUCGUCUACGAGGCCGAGUGGUGCGGCGUGCCCCACAAGGGCCUGCUCGGCGACCUGGUCCGCCAGGCCGUCCCCGUCACCCCGGCCCCGGGCACGCUGGCCGGCCGCGACGCCGACGCCAUCACCAUCGACGAGGACCAGCGGCUGCGCUGGAAGGCCAACGACCGCGACUUGGUCUUGGAGAAGUACAGGCGGCUCCUGAAGCACGUCUGAGCUUGGAAUGAGGGCUUAUGGUUUAUGGCUUAUGGUUUUACGUUUUACGCUUGUUUGGGCAUGAUCUCGGGACGGGAUGGUCACCCGGGGAAAAUACUGGGAUUACUUUUGGCAUGGUGUUGAGGGGCUGCCGACGGGUUUGGCAAUGGCGUUCCGGAAAGAUACCACGGGACAAACAAUGAUAAUACGUUGACUUUUUGGAUCA